AUGCUUUUGCUCCCAGUGCGGCCACCGUCGUUUGGGGAGGGCAGGCAGGAGGGGGCGGGGAAAAGGGUGGGAGUGGGUGAGCGCGCGCCGCCCGUCCGUCGUGGUUUCCUGGCUGCGCGCGGCGGUGGUGGAGUCGCCGCAGCUGUAGCAGCCGCCGCGAAGAUGGCGGAGGGGUUGGAGCGUGUGCGGAUCUCCGCGUCGGAACUGCGAGGGAUCCUGGCCACUCUGGCUCCGCAGGCCGGGAGCAGAGAAAACAUGAAGGAACUAAAGGAACCCAGGCAGCGCAAAGAUAACAGGCGCCCAGAUUUGGAAAUCUACAAGCCUGGGCUUUCUCGACUGAGAAACAGACCUAAAACCAAGGAGGCUUCUGGGAAUGAGGAAUUCAAAGAUGAGAUUGUGAAUGACAGAGAUGCUUCUGCUGUUGGGAAUGAUACACAACUUAUUAAAGUUUGCAAGGAAUUGGACAGCCAACAGCAAAAUGGCCCUAUAGAUGCAGAAAAUAGUCAGGCACAGGAGACUUUCUCAAAGACUGUUGGACUAGAGGACCGAAGUCUAAAAAUCAUCAAGAGAAUCAAGAAACCAGACCUGCAGAUCUACCAGCCUGGAAGGCGGUUGCAGACUGUUACCAAAGAGUCAGCGGGUAGGGCAGAUGAAGAAGAAAUCCUCAACCAAGUGGAGCAGUUGACGAUGGAAGGGGAUGAGUGUAGGGGAGAAGCUAUAAAAGAAGAAGUUAUCAACAAACCGGAUAAAACCGAGAUAGAAAAGAGCCAAAGUAAUGACCGUGUAAGAACUGCCAAGGGAGAAAAGGGGAAAAAGAUUGAUAAGGGGGAGGGGUCAAAAAAGGUGACUGAUGACUCUGUCCAAGGAAAGCCUGGCUCUGUAAAGAGGUACUCACGAUCAGACAAGAGAAGGAACCGCUAUCGCACUUGCAGUACCAGCUCAGCUGGUAGCAACAACAGUGCAGAGGGAGCUGGCCUGACUGAUAAUGGAUGUCGCCGGCGGCGCCAGGACCGGACCAAAGAGAGGCCACGACUGAAGAAACAGGUAUCUAUGUCCUCAACUGAUUCCUUAGAUGAGGACAGAGUUACUGAGCCUGAUGGAUUAGGGUCCAGGAGGAGCUCAGAAAGGAAGAAGCAUUUAGACAGAAAUUGGUCUGGCCGAGGUGAGGGUGAACAGAAAAGCAAUGGUAAAGAAAACCGAGGCGCCCUUCGUGUCACUUUUGAUGCAGAAGCCAUGAGUAAAGACUCCCCUGUGGUAAGGUCAGUCAAGGAGAAUGUGGAUAGAAUGAAUUCUGACAAAGGCUCAAGCAGUGGGGGUAAGGGCUCUGAGAAGCAGGAGUUCAGAAACCCGAAACAAGAACUUCGAGAUCGUGGUCGUGGUAUUCUGAUUCUGCCUGCCCACACUGCCCUAUCUGUCAGUUCAUCAGGUUCUCCGGAGUCUACACCUUUGGGACCUAGACUUUUAUUUGGAUCUGGUAGUAAGGGAUCUCGGAGUUGGGGCCGUGGAGGCACAACCCGCCGACUAUGGGACCCAAACAAUCCUGAUCAGAAGCCUGCUCUGAAAAGCCAGACACCUCAGCUACAUUUCUUGGACACAGAUGAUGAAAUUAGCCCUACAUCCUGGGGUGAUUCACGUCAGGCCCAAGCAUCUUUCUAUAAAUUUCAAAACUCUGACAACCCCUAUUAUUAUCCUCGGACACCAGGCCCUGCCUCUCAGUAUCCCUAUACAGGCUAUAGUCCUCUGCAAUACCCAGUGGGCCCUACAAAUGGUAUGUAUCCAGGGCCUUACUACCCAGGCUAUCCUGCCCCCUCAGGACAGUAUGUAUGUAGCCCUCUCCCUGCUAGUACCAUGAGUCCUGAGGAAAUAGAACAGCACGUGCGGAACAUGCAGCAACAGGAGCUCCAUAGGCUUCUCCGAGUGGCUGACAACCAGGAACUGCAGCUCAGCAACCUGCUUUCCAGGGACCGCAUCAGCACUGAGGGCAUGGAGAAGAUGGCUCAGCUAAGAACGGAACUCCUGCAGCUGUACGAGCGCUGUAUUCUAUUGGAUAUUGAAUUCUCUGACAGUCAGAAUGUAGAUCAGAUCCUGUGGAAGAAUGCUUUCUAUCAGGUGAUUGAGAAAUUCAGGCAGCUUCUCAAGGAUCCAAAUAUUGAGAACCCAGAACAGAUUCGGAACAGACUCUUGGAACUCUUAGAUGAGGGCAGUGACUUCUUUGAUAGUUUGCUUCAGAAACUACAGGUUACUUACAAGUUCAAACUGGAGGACUACAUGGAUGGGCUUGCCAUUCGAAGCAAACCAUUACGAAAAACAGUGAAAUAUGCCUUGAUCAGUGCUCAGCGCAGUAUGAUAUGUCAAGGAGAUAUCUCUAGGUAUCGGGAGCAAGCCAAUGACACAGCAAACUAUGGGAAGGCUCGCAGUUGGUAUCUGAAGGCCCAGCAUAUUGCUCCCAAGAAUGGGCGCCCCUAUAACCAGUUGGCUUUACUGGCAGUGUAUACGAGGAGGAAGCUUGAUGCUGUGUAUUACUAUAUGCGCAGUUUAGCAGCCAGCAACCCUAUCCUGACUGCCAAGGAGAGUCUCAUGAGUUUAUUUGAAGAGACUAAGCGAAAAGCCGAACAGAUGGAAAAGAAGCAGCAUGAGGAGUUUGAUCUGAGUCCUGAUCAGUGGCGUAAAGGAAAGAAGUCUACUUUCCGGCAUGUUGGGGAUGACACUACUCGCCUGGAGAUCUGGAUUCAUCCAUCACAUUCUCGGUCCUCCCAGGGCACUGAGUCUGGGAAGGAUUCUGAGCAGGAGAAUGGUCUGGGCAGCCUGAGCCCCAGUGAUCUGAACAAAAGGUUCAUCCUCAGUUUUCUCCAUGCCCAUGGGAAGCUGUUUACCCGGAUUGGGAUGGAGACAUUCCCUGCAGUGGCUGAGAAGGUCCUUAAGGAGUUCCAAGUAUUGCUGCAGCACAGCCCAUCUCCUAUUGGAAGCACUCGUAUGCUGCAGCUCAUGACCAUCAACAUGUUUGCUGUACAUAAUUCCCAGUUGAAAGCUUGACCUGGAACUUGUGAUUCUCUUGCCUGAGUUUCCUGAGUAGCUGGGAUUGCAGAUUGCACCAUUACACCUGGCCAGUUUCUGUUUUUAAUCUUUUGAGAGGAAGAUGAUCUCUUGCAGCUUUGGCUGGUUCCCAAUGCUUUGUACCUGAGGUGAGGUAUGAGCCACUAUGCCUAGUUUUGUGAAGUGCUGGGGACUGACCUUCAUGACUGUUACUCUACUAGCUGGUGCACACCUCCAGCACCCAGUAUAUACUUUUUUGUUUUGUUUUUGACAGGGUCUCUUAUGUUUCCCUGGCUGCCUGGACCUCUCUGUUCCUCCUGAAGUUUGCUCUUGCUUUGUGCUGUCCUGUGACUGAACUCAGGGCCUUGUGCAUGCUAGACAAGCACUCUCACAAGUGACAUUUGCUCCCAGUUUGCAUUUUAUUUUAUUUUACUUUAUUGUAAUUUGUUUUAUGUAUGAGUGCUUUGCCUGCAUAUGGCUAUGCAUAAUGGAAUGGGAUUCCCUAGAACUGGAGCUAAGGAUGACUGUGAGCUACCAUGUGUGUUCUGGAACAGUGCUCUUAUGUAUUUACAUUUUUGUUUGUUUGUUUGUUUGUUUGUUUGUUUUAUGUAUAUGAGUACACUAUAGCUGACUUCAGACACACCAGAAGAGGGCAUCGGAUCCCAUUGCAGAUGGUUGUGAGCCACCAUGUGGUUGCUGGGAACUGAACUCAGGACCUCUGGAAGAGCAGUCAGUGCUCUUAACCGCUGAGCCAUCCCUCCAGCCCCUCAGUUUUACAUUCUUAACAGCAAUAUUUAAGGAUGUCCAAAAGACAGAUUGACUGACUGAUUUUCUCUCUCUCUCUCUCUUUCUUUCUCUCUUUCUUUCUCUCUUUCUUUCUCUCUUUCUCUCUCUCUCCCUCCCUCCCUCCCUCCCUCUCUCUCUCUCCUUCUUUUUUAACAAGGGUUCUCUAUGUAACCCUGGCUAUCCUGGAACUCCUGGGACCAGCCUGACCUCAAACUCAGAUGUACACCUGCCUUUGCCUCCCAUGUGGUUGAAACAAAAUAUAGGAAAACUUAUCCUUUCUUUAAGUCAGAACUUGGUAGUUUUUAGUUCAUAGCAAAAUUGAAUAGAAGGUAUAGAAACUUCCCUUAUUAUAUAUUUUCCCUUCCUAUACAACCUCCUUCACUAUCAAACAUCUAAACCAAAGCGAUUAUGUGUAUUCACUUUUAGUAGACAUAUCACCUCAAAUAUGUAGUUUAUAUUUGUGUUCACUCUCAUACAUUUUAUGUUUGUUUUCAUUUAUGGGUCUCAACAAAUACACAGUGGCACAUACCUGUUACUACUGUGGCUAUGGUUGGUUUUGCUAUCCUUAAAAAUGCCCAUGUGUGGGGCUGGGGAUUUGGCUCAGUGGCAGAGCGCUUGCCUAGGAAGCGCAAGGCCCUGGGUUCGGUCCCCAGCUCCGAAAAAAAACCAAAAAAAAAAAAAAAAAAAAAUGCCCAUGUGUUGUCUUAGCAUCUGUUUCUUUCUUUUGACUCCUAGGAAACCACUAAUCUUUUUACCAUAUAUAUCUCUAUCAUUCCCAUAUUGACAUACAGUUGGAAUCAUGGAUUAUGUAUCCCUUUCAUGCUGCCUUCUUUCAGUUACUGAUAUGCACUCAUGUUUGGUUUGGUUUGGUUUGGUUUGAGACAGGGUCUCACUAUGUAGUUUUGGUUGGCCUGGAACUCACUGUGUAAACCAGGAGGGUCUUAAAAUCAUAGAGAUCUGCCUGAUUCAGUCUCUUGGAUGCUGGGAUUAAAUUCGUGAACCACCAUGUUUGGGUCUAUAAUUGUUUUGCUUGCUUAUACCCUGUGUGUACCUAGGUUCCUAUGGAGGUUGAAAGAGGGUUAUUGUAUCCCCUGGAUCCCCCAUGUUGCAUCUGGAAACUAAACCUGGGUCCCCUGCAAGAGGAACAAGUACUCUUAACCACUGAACCUUCUCUCCAGCCCAUGAUGAAUAUUCUGUUGCCUGGCUAAUCUACAGUGUAUUUGUUUACAUUGCUGGGAUGCAUCUUGAUUGUUUCCAAGUACCGGCAUUUCUAGUAUAAUUGUUUAAAACACCCAUGCACAGCUUAUUGCAGACCUAAGGUUUUACUAUUUGAUUGUUUAUUUGGCGACCUGAUAGCUGGUACCUAUAUUUAGAGUACCUUACUUUUUUGUUUUGGGGUCUUUUGAGUGUGUGUCUGUGUGUGUGUAUCCCUCCCUGCCCUGCGUCCCCCCCCCCCCCGUGUGUGUGUGUGUGUGUGUGUGUGUGUGUGUGUGUGUGUGUAGCUAGCUGGAGCAUACACUUGGAGAGUCCAGACAUGGACAGUGGGCGUGUUCCUGUGUGACACUCUGACUCACUACCCUGAGAUGGGAUCUUUCAGUGAAUAAGAAGCUCUCCAUUUUUGCAAGAGCUCAGAUUGUCCCUGCCCCUGAAUGCUGGGGUUGACGACAUGACAGCUUUGCUCAGUGAUUUAUGUGGUUGCUGGAGAUUUGAACUCGGGUUCUCAUGCUUGCAGAAUAAGAGGUCUUAACCUACUGAGUCAUCUAUCUUUCCACCCUAGUUCUGUUGAGACAGCAUCUCAACUUGAGCUCAGGUUGGCCUUGAAAACUUGAUCCUCCUGCUUCAGCAGUCUGAAGUGCUGGGAUUACAGACAUGUAAUUACCAUGCCCUGCUGAUAGUACAUUUUGUAAGAAACUACCAAGCUGUCUUCAAACCUGCCUUAUCAUAAAUUACAUUUUGUUGACUAUUAGGAAGAAUGACACUUUCACCAAGUUUUAUUAACCAUUAAAGGUUCUAUAUAUAGUCUUAUAUAUAGCCUAGUAGAUUUUACAUCAAUUUAUUUGAGCAGAUAAUAAGUAUAACAAGUACUUGCUAUAUUCAUUGGUAGUUUUUUAAUUUAUUAUUAUUAUGGGGGUAUAAUUAUAUAUAUUAUAAAAAUAUAUUAGUAUAAUAUAAUAAUAUAUUGUUAUUUAAUUUAUUAUUAUUAUUAUUAAUAUGUGUGACAUAUUGACAUAGAGGUCAGAGGACAACUUUGGAGUAGAUUCUGUCCUGCCACUUUCAUGUGAGUCCUAGGAAUAAAACAGGUAGCCAGGCUUGCACGACAAGAACCUUUACCCUCUGAGCCAUCUUUGUUGGCCUUAUACUGGUAAUUCCUUGUUUGCAUUUGCAUUUUUUAAUUAUUUACUACUACUUCAAGCAUGAUUACAGAGAUAGAUGAACUGGAGUGAUGAGGGAAUGAAGAAAAGAUAGACAUGUAGACACAUGUACAGGAAAGCUGGGGUCAGGUAGGCCUGGAUCUUUCUGAUGGAGAAGUCACAGUACCCAGAAGUUAUUGUGCUUAUAUAGAUUUGAAUGGGGAGGUUGGAUUGUUACAUUCAGCUAAACAAGGAGGCAGGGUUUAUGGUAUACAAAUAAAUCAAAGAGACAUGUUUAGCCAAUCUUGGAAUAAUCUGCAUAGGUAGGGGAACAGUCAUCAGGCUAUAAACGUCACAGGAAGGGAACUAUAGUGGACAUUUUCUGCACCUUAUAUCACUAUCCACAUUCAGACUCCUGAGGAAGGCUUUGCCAUUUCCCUCUGAUCCUCACCUUCAGCUCCUACCCUUGGGGGUGGGGGAAUUUACAAUAUUCUAAUUAGUCUGAGGUCUUUGACAUAGCCAGUCCUGUCAACAAUACGCAUUCUUAGGGUUUCACAAUUUAUUUUUAUGUCUGUGAAUAUAUAUGCACGUGUGGAAACCAGAAGAUACUGGGUCCUCAAAGGUGGAGUUACAGGAGUUUGUGGGUCACCUGGUUUGUUGUGUAGUGUUGGGAUCUGAGAUCCAGUCUCACAAUUACCAGUGCUCUUUAGCCCAGUCUGAUCUGUGGGGAGAUUGGAGCAGAUCUUCUUCCCUUAGUAAUAUCUGUUCUCAGCAUUUUGGCUUUCCUUCCUCUUGGCCCCUAAAGGCAGAAGUGUGUUACUAAGGGAGGGAAAUACCUCUACAUCUGUGUGCUAGUCCUUUAAGAGAAAGCCUAGCGGAAGUGAUGUGCAGAGAACAUCUGCACUUGGGGCUGAGUGGAGAAAGCGAGAUGCGCUGCAGCUGGUGUAAGGCCCUGGCAGGCUGCGGAGCUGCUGUCUGUUGGGGUUUACUUCUGUCUACAUUGAAACAUGGCUUGGGAGGGGGUUGGUGGCCUGCUGCCAGCCUCAGUUAGCCUGCCCUCCUCUUUCCUCCUCGCCCCCUUCCCCCAGCAUCCCCUCCCUCAUGCUUUAAAGUCACAUUUCCAGGCCAGACGUAGAAUUAAUCUCUGGGCACUUCACAUUGCUGGCAGCUGAAAGCAGGAUGUGGGAUUUUUUUUUUCUUUCUUUCUUUCUUUUUUUUUUUUUUUUUUUCUCUUUCUCUCUGUGUCUUGGCUGACUUUUUUACCUCUCGAAGAAUUUGGAAGGCCGUGAGAUCUCCCCGCCGCCCCCCCCCCCCCCCCCCCCAGUGCUGUGGAGUUUUUCAGCUCGCUGAUCACCGUGCUGCGGCUUCACCCUAAUAGACUUCAUAUGCUGAUGCAGUUGACAUCAGUAUCAAACUAUUUUACAUGUGAUCUGGUGUAUUUCCUGAGGAAAUCUGCAAGAUAUUUAUUAAGAACUAAUAAAAUAAACCUCUCCAUGAGUUUUUAGGUAGUUUUCAAUUUUUCAUGUCUCUCUCGUUUCCUCUUAUCAAUGAGUUGCUAUUUUCUCUCUCUACUCUGACCAUUGCAAAAGGAAACAAAAAUAAAUGUUUUAAACUGUUCCUGAAGGGACAAGGAGAGAAUAGUUCUGCCAUGAUGUAUCAGCCAGGGCUGUAUUUUUAGUGCAGCAUUGUAGAAACUAAAAAUAUCCUGUUAUAGUGGAUCCUUUUUAUAGGUCUCUUUCGCUGUCUCGCUCUCCCUGUGUAUGUGUGUUUAUAAUGUUGUAAGCACAAGUGCCUUUGUGCAUCAGCAGCCGCUCUUCUCAUUACAGCUGGACUCCAUUAGUCCUUGAAAAUUAAUGUAAUCCUAGUUAAGAAAAAAAUUAAUUACUCUACCAGAGCUGUGUUUCAUCCAAGGCUAGUGUUAGCUCCCUAGCUGGCAGCUUAGUUUGAGAGGCUCCAGGGACCCAUGGAGUUGUGGCUUUGGUAUCAUAGCAUUUGCUGCUGUGUUUUUCCUGUUGAGAGCAUUCCUCACUUCUUAAGGGUUACACAUGUGGCAUGCAGAGUGACUGCAGACCCCUCUGCCUCUGUGAAUUACUGUUCCCGUCUGGUCGUCCCCAGAAGAAAUGUCCACCACAGGCUUAACUCACCUGCCUUUGCAAGUUUUCUUCCUGGGUUUCUUUAUGACAGAGUUGCUUUCUCAUGUGUCCCCGCAGAAGAAAAAAACCUUUGUGAAAGUCUAAGAGAUGGGUAAGAUCUGCCAAGGAGGAGUUGUGUGUAUGAUUAAGAAUGGCAGUCACAGGCUGAAGAAGUGGCUCAGUGCUGGGUCACUUGCCUCGCAUACAUGAGACCCUAGGUUCAGUCCCAUGUGCUGUUUAAAAAAAAAAAAAAAAAAAAACAACAACGCAAAACGAGGAUGACAGUCAUGAUUUGUUAAAGGUUUGGGCAAGUUUGUUUAAUGCAUACCUUUUAUUAUAAAUGAGCAUGUUAGAGUUGACUGCCAGUUUCUAAUCAGACUUCUCAGCACCAACCCUGAGGAGGGAUAGACCAGCUCAUCCUGUGAGUAAUAUUUCCAACAUUGUGAUCAGCGUUCCGGGAUUUGGUGUGGGGCACAGUCCAGAACUGGCUGUAGUCUGCUUGCCUUCACAACAUAGAUCUUGUAUAAUUGCUUGCUUCUGAUGUCCUUUGUUUUGCCUCUUUGUGGACUUGGUAGGGUCUAGGAUAUGGGGAAGAGUAUGUGUUAUUUGUUUCCUUACUGUUCAGACUCUCCAGGACCUCAGUUGAGUGGUCAGGCAGGAUCCAUCUGUCUUGGACUACACUUUUCUUUUUGUGCUGAGCUUGGGCAUGAGCGGCUUAGGCCUGGAUAAGUCAUGCCAGGCCUCCCAGUGUGCCACGAUGGCAUGAAUUCUUGUGGAGCUGGUCAGAACAAAAACGGGGUUAGUGCCCUUUUGUUUCUUUUGGGCAUGGGCUCUUGAGGCUUGUAUCAGGACCUAAUGUUCUUUCCUGCUGCUAACUGUAGGUCUUCUUUGGCUCCUCCUUCUUACCCUGUAGCUAACAACUGGUUGAGCCUUCAGCUUCCGGUAUUUGAUCCCUAAGCACUGUAGCUCAGUAAAAGUAAUAAUUAGGCAUUUUACACAUGUAUUUUAUUAGUGAAGAGAGCUGGUGUGUGAGGGGCUGUAAUUCUAAUGCAGUCAGUUUCCAGAUUUAAAAAACGUAGAACAAGUUUUUAACAGAGGCAAUGGUCCUGUUACUUAGAGUUCUCAACUAAGCUGAAAUCAGAGCAGCGUGGGACCUGUAGAGAAGUGUGCUGCUGAGAGGGUGCAAAGCCACGUUCCUUGUUGUUACAGUCUGUGCAGUGCCCGUCCUUGAGGGUGUUUGACGCUGGCAUUGGAAAAAAGGAAACCUUGUUUUCCAAGAACUCUGCUCUCUCUCAGCUUGAUAAGCAUUUAAAAAUAAAAGCUGCACAAUUGAAAUUGGCAGUGCAUCCUCAUUCUUUUGUCUCUCUGUUUAUUUUUUUCCCUCAUCCCUCAACAUGUGUGCUACAGCCCAUGGUUAUUACACCCUCAAGAAUGAUGUCCUGGAACUCAGCAAGCUUGCACCAAGGUCUGCCCGCCCUACACUGUUUGAAGCUGGCUGAGGCGUAAGUGGCCUAGCAUGGUGAGGCUGCAGAUUAGCCUCAACAGCCCCAUCUGUGGCACAUUUCCCCUUUCUCCUGGAGCUGUUGCCUGGAAUUUUGAGUUCUAGAAUCCCAAUUGUCAGCUCAAUCUUGUUAGUUUUUGUAGUUAACUUAAUUGAUUUGUUUACCUCUCCAUUGGAGGAGCUCAAAAAGAAAGUACUUUGGCACUGAUAAGGAGCAGUUCUGUUCUUCCUUUCAAAAUAGAUUCUUGUGAGCUAAGAUUUCAUAUCAAAAAGCUACAGUGGCUUAGGAUAGGGGAAAAAAUUCUACUGUGCCCAGAGAGCAGUCCGGUUUCUAAAAGAUUACUAAUGUAGAACUACCUCCAUUUAGCUGGUGCAGUUUUAUAACUAGAGGAAACUAGGGGUGUUGGAGGGAACAAACAAAAAAGAAUCAUCAGAAAAUGUGUGUGUGGGGGGGGGGGGGGGGCUUUGUGAGGCAGCACCAGACUGUUCUAAACAUCGUAUGUAGUUUGGAGUCAUAUACAUGUGACCUCAACAAGAAUUGCUUGAUCGAUAGCAGUGUGGGUGAGCACUGGCUUUCCCAUUUGAGUGGGUUCUGGUUAAAGCAACUUCCAAACAGCAUGUCACUUGUUCUAGCAUUUCUGGUUGUCGUUGCCACUUGGUUGAGUCAGAAUCUGGAAUGAGUUUGGUUAGGGUGUAGUUUCAGGUUUGCAAACUUCCUUCCUAGUUGAUGCUAGCAAAGUGUGAGUGCUUGAUGUAACUGGAUAGGGUGUUACUUCAGGUUAGGAAUCCUUGCUUUUGCUGGCUGCUUAGACUGAACUUGGUAUUACUGCUUCCCAAAGAAUAUUUUUGGUUUGAAAACUGGAGGUCAGCAGUUCGCAAGUGCUGAGCUUGAAGCCAACUCUGUGGUUUGUCUUAUGCCACUGGGCCAGCAGCACUGCAGUCCUGAUCGAUUGAUCCUCAACAAUAUGAAACCACGAACAGCAACUGCCAGACGAAACUCCAUCUCACCCCAUUCCCUUCUCCAACAUGUCUUUUUGCCCAGGUCCCCUUUCUUUCUCCUCGAUUGCUUGUCUUCUCCUUGGUUAUAUAUUUUACUUUUGAGGGUUUAUCUUUUUCCAUCUCUCUGUCUCUUUCCAUAACAGUUUUUAAUAAUGUUUUAGUUAGUUCCAGCCUUUUCCCUGAAUGGAUCCCAUUGGAAAAUGCGUUUGAAAGGAAACAGUUAUACACUUCCCCUCCUUUGAAACUGUUUGGCACCUUUUCCAGUGCAGUAAACCAUACAACAUGUAUUUUCAAAGUUUCCAAACACAGACAUGCUGGCGUUAAAUUUAUGAAAAAUAUUUUACUCAGCUGUAUGCUAACUGUGACUUUCAGAGAUUCUGAUCACAUUUGAAAAUUGGUGGUGACUUUUGGAACCUCAACAGGUUUUCAGAUCUCUAUAGGAAACCUAGCCACACUGGCUCUUCGGAAGUCUAUGGCACUUUGAGCUUUGGCCUUGGUCUGCUUGUUGGGCAGGCCAAAUUGAGGCAGAUGUGGAUGUGGGAAUUCUCAGUCACACCCAGAAGAAAAAGGGAAAGUCAGUAAGCCACUGAAUGAUAUUGCAUUGCUGUGCUGGGCAUGGGGAACAGGACAGUCCUCCUGUUGAGUGCAGUCAAGGGGAGCAGUAAAGUAAUCCUGACUGUAUGGCUCAGCCUUUGCUUUGAGACUAGACCUCUGGAGGCUAAAGCUGGCUUUGAGUUUGCUACGUUGUCAAGGAUGAUCUUGAACUUCUAAUUUUGUUGUUUCUGCCCCCCGGGUGCUAAGAUUACAGGCUUGUGGCACGAGGACCAGUUUUCUUUUCUUUACAAUGUCAUUGAUAAGAAGAGCUCAUUAUUGGCAUUCAAAGCACUGAUACUGCUAAUGUUGUAAAUGCUUCCCUUGCCUUCCCCUUUUAACCUGUGGUUUAGUUAAGAUCGUAUCUGAGGCAGGUUUAGGUUUCUGACUGAGGUUAUAGUUUGGUCAGUAAAGGCAGGGAUUCUUCUUAAGGACCCCAGAAGUUAAUUUAGAUUCCUAGGAAUACUGUUUAAGUAAGAAGCCUUUUAGAACAGGGUUCUCCAAAUUGCUCAAACAGCUGCAUCACAUCUUGGCUCACAUAGCUUUAUGUACUACACCAUUUUCAGCUUUUCUUUGCCUAUCGUCCUGACAGGGUUGAAUUCUGCCUUACAGCAUAGAGAUAAAUUCUGCACUGCCUUCUUAGGCCAAAACAAGGUGCUUGAAACACCUUACAGAACCUGGGUAUCCUGAAGGCCGUUUGUCCCACUCAGUCCAAUUAACAAGAGUUUAUGGAAGAAUUGGGGGAGGGGAGAACAUGAUCAACUACUCUUGUCUCUUUCUCCCUAAAUGCUGGGAUUACAGGAUUGCAAAACUAGUUAAAACUACUCACAAAGCAGAAGCAGGAAAACUGAGUCAGAGACCAGUCCUAGCUACAGUGUGAAUUCAAGAUCAAGUGGGCAACUUAAUAAGACUUUGUCUCAAAAUAAAAAGUAAGAACAGAAGGCUGGACAGACGGUUCAGAGGUUAAGCACUGGCUGCUCUUGCAGAGGACUUGGAUUCAGUUACCAACACCCACAUGGCACCUCACAACUGUCUGUAACCCCAGUUUCAGGGGGUCCAACACCCUCACCCAGACAAACAUUCUGGCAAAACACCAAAAUACAUAAAUUAAAAAUAAAUAAUUUGGGGCUGGAGAGACAGCUCAGUGGUUCAGAAUACUCACUGCUCUUCCAGAGGCCCUGGGUUCAUUUCCCAGCCACCACAUGGUGGCUCACAACCAUCUGUAAUGGGAUCUGGUGCUCUCUUCUGGUGUGUCUGAAGAUGGCGACAGUAUACCCAUAUACAUUAAAUAAAUAAAUCUUAAUAAACAAAUAAUUGUUUCAUAGGCAAAUGGAUGGAACUGGAAAAUAUCAUCCUGAGUGAGGUAACCCAAUCACAGAAAAACACACAUGGUAUGCACUCAUUGAUAAGUGGAUAUUAGUCCAAAUGCUCGAAUUACCUUAGAUGCACAAAACACAUGAAACUCAAGAGGGAUGACCAAAAUGUGAAUGCUUCACUCCUUCUUUAAAAGGGGAACAAAAAUACCCCACAUGUGGCCCAUACAUAUACAGCCACCAAACUAGAUAAGAUGGAUGAAGCAAAGAAGUGCAGGCUGACAGGAACCGGAUGUAGAUCUCUCCUGAGAGACACAGCCAGAAUACAGCAAAUACAUAGGUGAAUGCCAUCAUGAAACCACUGAACUGAGAAUGGGACCCCCGUUGAAGGAAUCAGAGAAAGGAUCUGAAGGGGCUUUAGACCCCAUAUGAACAACAAUGCCAGCCAACCAGAGCUUCCAGGGACUAAGCCACUACCCAAAGACUAUACAUGGACUGACCCUGGGCUCCAACUGCAUAGGUAGCAAUGAAUAGCCUAGUAAGGGCACCAAUAGAAAGGGAAGCUGGACCCCCCAGUGAACGGGAUUCUUGGGGGAGGGCGGCAAUGGGGGGAGGAUUGAGAGGGGAACACCCAGACAGAAGGAGAAGAUGAGGGGUUAGGGGGAUGUUGGCAUGGAAACCGGGAAAGGGAAUAACAUUUGAAAUGUAAAUAAGAAAUACCCAAUUUAAUAAAGAUGGGGGGGGUAAAAAGAGGCUACGGCUAUAUAACUCAGAGGCAAUGCUUUUUUUUUUUUUUUUUUUUUUUAGCAUAUACGGAGCCUACUCCCUAGUACUGCAAACAAUUCAGCAGUGUUUAUAUUUAUAGGUUUCUAUCGUUACCAUAUUAGCUUUUUCUAUAGUGACCAUAUUAGCUUUCUAUUAUACCAGAUACCAAGAAAGCCAAUUUAAUAGGAGACAUUUACUUUAGCUCUCAUUUCUACAGGUUUCAGCUCAUGGUUGGCUGACAUUGUCAUUUUAGGGCCUGUAAUGAGGUAGCACAUGAUAAUAGGAAGUAAAUGGCAGACGGAGCUUCAUGGCUGAGGUGUAAAAGGAAAGAAGGAACCAAGGUGGUCAUGUCCCCAGUGGAACUUCCAGUGAGGCUCUACCUCUUAAAGGGUCUCCUAUCUUCUGAUAGCACCAAGGUGAAGAAGGUGAGGAGUAAGCCCAAAUACUAGAUAGAACUGACAGAUGUGGAAGGCCUGUCAAAGAGGCGUGUCCAUUCUAGAUUGUUUAGGUCAAGAGGCUCACUGGCACUUUGCUGGGUCGCUAGUCACUUUCAUCUACUGCUGUUUCCUCACUUUUCUCCUUGGCAUCUUUGCUUUGUUUAGCUGCUAUUCCCUGACCCAUUUUCACUUUAAAGCUAGGUGUGCCACAGUGCUGGGAUUGGAUAAGUCAUCACAUGCACCAGCUUGGGUAUUGAUUUUGGACUGCGAGUUGUAGGACCUCACCUUAAAACAUUUUUCCCUUGUGUCUUAAUGUUCUGUUGCCAUGAAUAAACACCAUUACCAAGACAAUCCUUGUAAUAGGAAUGUAUAUAGAGCUUGCUUACAGUGUCAGAGGUUUAAUCCAUUAUCAUCAUGUAAGGGAGCAUGGCAGCAUGCAGUCAAGUGCUGGCAUAGUAGCUGAAAGCUACAUCCUGAUCCGAAGAGAGAAGUGGGGAAGGCGGGGCAGGCUGACUGGAGUUGCACAUGCUCUUGAAACCUCAAAGCCCACCCCCACUGACAUACCUCUUCCAACAUGCCAUAGCUCCAAUCUUUUCAAAUAGUUCCAUUUCUUGGUGAUUAAACAUUUAAAUAUAUGAGCAUAUGGGGGAGAGGGGGAGAGGGCAUUCUUAUUACAACCACAACACCUUUCUUUCUUUUGAGACAGGGCCUCACUGUGUGGCCCUGGCUGUCUUCAAACUCAGAGAUCCACCUGCUUCCACCUCCUUAGUGCUCUUAUUAAAGGAAGGCAUUGAGUACUAGUGCCCUUCCAUUUUUCACUUCUAAUGCGCUCUCUCUCUCUCUCUCUCUCUCUCUCUCUCUCUCUCUCUCUCUCUCUCUCUCUCUCUCUCUGUGUGUGUGUGUGUGUGUGUGUGUGUGUGUACUUGUUUUUAGUUGGUUUUUCAAAAUAGCCCUGGCUGUCCUGGAGCUCACUUUGUAGACCAACCUGGCUUUGAACUUAAAGAUCUACCUGCCUGAUACUAAUUCCAUGUGCUGGAAUUAAAGGCAUUAUGCAGCUUCCACCUGGCUUAAUUCACCUUUUUUAUGUUUUUAAAAUUAUUUUUUACAUGGUGUGGUGUGUGUAUGUGUGUUUGUGGUGUGCAGCGUAUGUAUGUAUUUGUCUGCCCACCAUGAUGCACUGUGAAAGUCAGAGGGCAACUUUGGGAGUGAAUUUUCUACUUUUAAAAUUGUUUUAAAAGAUUUAUGUAAAUGAGUACACUGUAUGCUUUCUUCAGAUCCACUAGAAAAGGACAUCAAAUCUCAUUACAGAUGAUUGUGAGCCACCAUGUAGUUUCUGGGAAUUGAACUCAGGACCUCUGGAAGAGCAACUAGUGCUCUUAACCACUGAGCAAUCUCUCUGGGCCUAAAUUCUCUACUACUACCAUGGAGGUUUAGGGAUCAAACUUGGGUCCUCAGGCUUGGUGGCAAAGUCCUUAUCAAGUGAGCUAUCACAGCAGCCCAUCUUCUUAAUACUUUUAUUAAAAUAUAAUUAGUAUGUGUUGGGCUGAAUAUAUUUAAUGUACAAUUUAGUUGCUCAUGUUGUCCUUGAACUUGUGAUCUUUCUGCCUCAACCUCUGGAGUAGCUGGGAUUAUAGGCCUACAUCAUCAUACCACCUUAGAAUUUUAUAUAAAAGGAUUUGAAUGUGCUGUGAGAUGAUUCAUUACUUUUUCCUUAUUAAUUAGUCUUCAUUAUAUGGAUAUACCAGGUUUUUAUCCAUUCACUUGCUGAUAGGCCUUUUUAUUUUCCCCAUUGUAAGGAACAAACCUGGUAUGUGCAUUCCAGUGUAAGUCUUUGUAUGGACAUAGGCUUUUAUUUCUCUGGGUCAAUGCCUAAAAAUUCAAUAGCAUGGUCAUUUGUAUAUUUUAUCCUUUUAGAAAUCACAAUUGUUUUCCAAACUGGUUGUAUUGGGGUUUUUUUUCACUAAUUUUUUUAUUUAUUCACUUUAUAUUCCAAUUGUAAGCUCCUCUCCUACAGUCCCCAACUCACAACCCAUCCUCCCUUCCCCAAAUCCCCUUCUCCUCUGAAAAGGGGCAGGCCUCCCCUGCGUACCAGCCCACCCUGGCAUAUCAAGUCAUUACAGGACUAGAUGCAUUCUGUCCCACUGAGGCCAGAGAAUACAGCCUAGCUAGGGAAAUAGGAUGCAUAGGCAGGUAACAGUCAGGGACAGCAACCCCCACCCGAUCCCACAACCCCACUCCAAUUAUUUUGGGACCCACAUGAAAACCAAGCUGUACAUUUGUUAUAUAUGUGUGGGUGGCCUAGGUCCAGUUCAUGUAUACUCUUUGAUUGGUGAUUUAGGUUCUGGGAGCCCCCAAGGGUCCAGGUUAGUUGACUCUGAUCUUCUUGUAGAGUCCCUAUCACUUCCAAGUCCCUUAAUCCUUCCCCCAGUUCCUCCACAAUGACCCCCUGAGCUCCAUUUAAUGUUUGCUUGUGGGUCUCUGCAUCUGUUUUGGUCAGCUGCUAGGUGGAGCCUCUCAGGGAAUAGUUAUGCUUGUCUCCUAUCUGCAAGCAAAACAGAGUAUUGUUGACAGUAUCAGGGCUCAGCUCUCGCCCACGGGCUGGGUCUCAAUGGACCAGUCAUUCGUUGGACACUCCCUCAGUCUCUGCUCCAUCUUUGUCCAUGCACUUCUUGUAGGCAGGACAAAUUCUGGGUCAGGUUUCGUGGUUGGGUUGAUGUCUUUAUCCCUCUACUGGGAGUUCUGCCUGGCUAUGGAAGGAGGUGGCCACUUCAGGCUCCAUAUUCCCCACUGCUAAGAGUCACAGCUAGAGUCCCCUCCUCGACUCCCUGGAGCCUUCCCCAUUCUAGGUCUCUCAAAUGUCCUAAAGAGGCCCCUUUACUCUCCUGGCCCUCUCUCCCCAGCCCUUUGUGGUUCUCCCUAUACUCAAUUCACCCUCCUCCUCCCUCCCACACAGUUCCCUCCCUUCAAGCAUCUUUGAUGACUAUUUUAUUUGCCCUUCUGUGUGAGAUUCAAGCAUCCUCCCUUGGGCCCCCCUCGUUAUUUAGAUUCUUUGAGUCUGUGCAUUGUAGCCUGGUUAUCCUGUACUUUAUGGCUAAUGUCCACUUGUAAGUGAGUACAUUCCAUGCUUAUCCUUUUGGGUUACCUCACUCAGGAUGAUACUUUCUACUUUCAUCCAUCUGCCUGCAAAUUUCAUGAUGUCCUUGCUUUUAAUAGUUAAAUAGUUUAUUCCAUUGUGUAAAUGUACCACAUUCUUCAGUUGAGGGACAUCUAGGUUGUUUCCAGUUUCUGGCUAUUACGCAUAAAGCCUCUAUGAGCAUAGCAGAGCAUGUGCCUCUAUGGUAUGAUGGAGCUUCUUUUGGGUAUAUGCCCAGGAAUGCUAUAGCUGGGUUUCGAGGUAAAACUAUCCCCAGUUUUCCGAGAAACCAAGAAAUUGAUUUCAGAAUGGCUGUACAAGUUUGCGCUCCCGUCAGCAAUGGAGGCGUGCUCCCCUUGCUCUACAUUCUUACAGUAUGUGCUGUCACUUAAGUUUUUGAUCUUAGCCAUUCUGAUGGUUGUAAGGUGGAAUUUCAAGAGUCAUUUUGAUUUGCAUUUCCCUGAUUACUAAGGAUGUUGAAUAUUUCUUUGUUUCUCAGGCAUUAGAGAUUCCUCUGUUGAGAAUUCUCUGGUUAACUCUGUAAACCACCACCACUUCGUACCUUUUAAAAUCUUAUUUAUAUGAGUACACUAUAGCUGUCUUCAGACACACCAGAAGAGGGCAUCAGAUCCCGUGGUUGUGAGCCACCAUGUGGUUGCUGGGAAUUGAACUCAGGACCUCUGGAAGAACAGUCAGUGUUCUUCAGCCCUCUGUACCCCAUUUUUUAAUUGGGUUAUUUGGUUUGUUUGUGUCUAACUUACUGAGUUCUUUAUAUAUUUUAGAUAUUGACCCUCUGUUGCAUGUAAGGUUGGUGAAGAUGUUUUUCCCAUUCUGUAGGCUGCUGUUUGUCCUAUUGAUGGUGUCCUUUGUCUUUGUUUCCUAUUUAUUUAUCUCUUUAAAUUUAUUUUAAGUAUGUAAGUACACUGUCGCUCUCUCAGACACACCAAAAGAGGGCACUGGAUCCCAUUACAGAUGGCUGUGAGUUACCAUGUGCUUUCUGGGAUUUGAACUUGGGACCUCUGGAAGAGCAGUCAGUGCUCUUAACCACUGAGCCAUCUCUCCAACCUCAACUUCAUAUUUAUUAAUUGUUGGUCUUAGUGCCUGUCUUAGUCAGGGUUUCUAUUUCUCCACAAACAUCACAAUCAAGAAGCAGGUUAAGGAGGAAAAGGGUUUAUCCAGCUUACACUUCCACAUUGCUGUUCAUCAUCAAAGGCAGUCAGGACUGGAACUCAAGCAGGGCAGGAAGCAGGAGCUGAUGCAGAGGCCAUGGAGGGAUGUUUCUAUCUGGCUCACUUCCCCUGGCUUGCUCAGCUUGCUUUCUUAUAGAACCCAAGACUACCAGCCCAGGGACUGCACCACCCACAGUGGGCUGGGUCCUCCCUCCUUGAUCACUAGUUGGGUCUCAUGGAGGCAUUUCCUCAACUGAGGCUCCUUUCUCUGUGAUCAGCUUGUGUCAAGUUGACAUACAAAACCAGCCAGUACAGUGCCUGAACCCUUGGUGUUCAGUUCAGGAAGUUGUCUCCUGUACUAAUACAUUAAAGGCUAUUCCCUACUUUCUCUUAUGUUAGAUUUAGUGUAUCUGGUUUUAUGUUGAGGCCUUUGAUCUACUUGGACUUGAGUUUUGUGCAGGAUCUAUUUGCAUUCUUCUAUGUGCCAAUAUCCAGUUAAACCAGCACCAUUGAUUGAAGAUGCUUUUUUUUUUUUCCCGUUGUGUGGUUUUGGUUUCUUGUCAAAAAAAAAAAAAAAAUCAAGUGUCUGUAGGUGUGUGGGAUUUUUUUCUGGGUCUUCAAUUCCACUCCAUUGAUCCACCUGUCCGUUUCUAUACCAAUACCAUGCAGUUUUAUUACUAUUGCUCUGUAGCACAGCUCAAAGUCAGGAGUGAUGAUACCUCCAGACAGUCUUUUUCAUACAGGAUUCUUUUAGUUAUGAUGGGGUUUUUGUUUUUCCAUAUGUUCUUCCAAGGUCUGUGUCUUAGAGUUUUACUGCUGUGAACAGACACCAUGACCAGGGCAAACUCUUAUAGAGAGAACAUUUAAUUGGGGCUGGCUUACAGGUUCAGUUUGUAUCCUCAAGGCAGGAACAACAUGGCAUCAUCCAGGCAGGCAUGGUGCAGGAGGAGCUGAGAGUUCUACAUCUUCAUCUGAAGGCUGCUAGCAGAAUAUUGACUUCCAAACAGCUAGGAUGAGAGCCUUAUAGGCCACACCCACAGUGACACACCCACUCCAACAGGGCCACACCUAAUCGUGCCACUCCCUGGGCUGAACAUGCAUAAAGCAUAACAUUUGUAAAUGUUUAUAAAACAUUGUCUUGGAAUUUGGUGGGAAUUACAAUGAAUCUGUAGAUUGCUUUGGAUAAAUGGCAAUUUUUACUAUGUUAAUUUUACCAAUCCAUGAGCAUGGGUGAUCUUUCCAUCUUCUGAUAAUUUCUACAAUUUCUUUCUUCAGAGACUUGAAGUUCUUGUCAUACAGGUCUUUCACUUGCUUGAUUAGAGUCACAUGAGGUAUUUUAUAUUAUUUUUGGCUAUUGUGAAGGGUGUUGUUUCUCUGAAUUCUUUCUCAGCCCAUUUAUGUUUUGUGUAAAGAAAGCCUACUGAUUUCUUUGAGUUAAUUUUGUAUCCAGUCACUUUGCUAAAGGUGUUUAUCAGCUGCAUGGGUUCUCUGGUAGAAUUUUUAGUGUCGCUUAUAUAUAAUGUUGUAUUAUCUGUGAAUAAUAUUUUGACUUCUUUUCCAAUUUGUAUCCCCUUGAUCUCCUUUAGUUGUCUUAUUGCUCUAGCUAGAACUACAGUAUUCAAGAGAUAUGGGACAGCCUUGUCUUGACCCUGGUUUUAGUGGAAUUGCACUGUUUCUCGACAUUUAAUCUGUUGUUGGCUAUUGGCUUGAAUUUCACUGGAUGGUAGUGGCACAGGCCUUUAAUCUCAACACUUGGGAGGCAGAAGCAGGUGGAUCUCUGAGUUCUAGGCUAGCCUGGUCUACAAAGGGAGUUCUAGGACAGCCAGGGCAACACAAAGAAACCCUGUUUGUUCAGUUGAUGGACAUCCUGGCAGCGGAUGUCGUCCAUCAUUUAUAUAUUAUCGCUGUCCUGAUGUGUGUGCAGCUAUUCUGUGCUUUGUUUUACACUGCUUGUAAAUGAUGAGCAUUUUCAUCUAUUUAUUGGCAGCCAUAUAUUUCUUUGCUCAGAUUUCUAUUUAUUAUUUAAGCUAAAAGAAUUUUAGGAUCUGGAGAGAGAACUUAGUGGGUGAAAUGCUUGAUAGGAUGAGGAUCCGAACUUCAACUCUUGGAACCCUUGUAAAAGUCCAAUGUAGCAAUGUAGUGGCCUGAAUCCUAGCUGUAAUGCUGGAGAGCAGAGACAGCCUAUUCCUCCCAGGAGCUCGCUGGCUGGCACGUGUUGGCAAAACUGCAACUGCAAGCUGAGGUUCAGUAAGUGACCCUGUCUUAGAGAGAGAGAGAGAGAGAGAGAGAGAGAGAGAGAGAGAGAGUGUGUGUGUGUGUGUGUGUGUGUAUUUGUAUACAUAUAUGCAUGUAUGUUUAUAUAUAUAUUUAUAUACACAUGUAUAUAAUAUGUAUGUAUAUGUGCAUAUACACAUGCACGUAUAUAUCUUAUAUGCGUGUAUGUAUGUGUUUAUAUUCAUAUGUAUACUUAUACACACACAUAUAUAUAGUCUCAAAAAUUGUAUAUAAAAUUUUCAGACCGUGUAUUGUUAUGUAGCUGUGGCUGGCCUGGAACUCAACUGUGUAUACCAGGCUGGGCUGAAAGUCACAGAGGUCUGCCUGCCUCUGCCUCCUGAAUGCUGGGAUUAAAGCCCAGUUUCUAGUAAGAACAUUUUUCUUUGUCUUUUCAUUUUAGUCCUUUAAAAACAAGCAUUUUAUCUUUUGAUGAACACCCACUCAGCUUUUUAUCUUUAAGUUUAAUGUUACAGAUAUAGUGCCAAGUGCUAUUCUUAAAGGAUUGCAGCUGAGCUACCAAUUUUUUUAAAAUGCAUCUCAAUCUUAGUACGUGUCUGAUUAAUGAUACAAAGAUGCAAUAAAAAUGUACAAACAGUUUUUAUUUAUGAAGAAAACAGUGCUAAGACUCCGGUUUUAAUGAACUUUUUUUCUUGACUGCCUUUUCUUGAAAAAUACACAUACCAUUGGCUUGAGAUUUGGCCUUUUGCUUGUGUUUUGAGAGUCAGGGCAUGUUUGAACGGUUCACUAACCAUUUCCAAUCGGCUGUUCUUGCGACCUCGCUUCCCUUUCUCACUAUGCUCUCCUGGUGCUGCUGGACGUGCAUUGACUGAUCCGAUGAGUCAUGCGUAGUCUUGCUGAAGGAGCUGUCUUGUUUUAGUCCCUGCUCACCAGGUGUAGGGUCUGUCUUUAGUGAAUCUUCAUUUUGUUUUAUUCUUUUCUGUUGCACCUGACAUUGUCUUGCUUGAACCAUAGAAGGAUAGGAUGCCUGGACAUCUCCAUCAUCUCGGGCCCCACACCACAAAAAUAAUAACCAGGCAACAUCUGGACAGGGUUACCAACCACUGCUCAUUGAGAAGGUGUCCUCCAAAUCUGUAAAUUAACUUUUUAUAUACAUGAAAGUCUCUGACAUCAUAUAACAAAUCUUUUGGGGGGGGGGCGUUGUUUGCCUUUUAAUAUUGUUUACUUAUUUUAAACUUUUAUUGUAAAAUUUAUUGAAAAUUAUUUUAGAUUCAUAGGAAGUUAUUUUAAAAUUUACAAAAAAAACUGGGCAUAGUUGUAGUAGUCUACAACACAUCUUUAAUCCCAGCACUGAGAGAUAGAGAGAUAAGCAGCACCUGUGAAUUGGAAGCUACUCAGGGUUACACGGCAAGACCAUGCCUCUAAAACACAAAUUAAGGGAUGGAGAGAUGGCUCGGCAGUUAAGAUCAUUAGCUGUUUGUUCUUACAAGAGGACCACGACUUAAUUCCCAGCAUUCAUGUGGGCAUUAAUUCACAAGCCCUCCCAGUCCCAGGGUUUCUUCCUCCCUCUUCUGGCCUCUAUGAGUUAUACAUGUUGAUGGUUUACAGACAUUCAGGAAGCAUACCCAUCCAUAUACAUAACAUAAAAUUUAAAAACAAGAGAAAACAUAAGCUAAAUAUGUAUAUUGUGUACACCUUUAAUACCAGUUUUUAGGAGACAGAGGCAGGUGAAUUUUGGUGAGUUUAAGGCCUGCCAAGCUGAUUAAUGAGACUCUUGUCCCACAACCAUAAAAUAAACAGACCAAGAACAACAAAAAGAAAACCUACAAAGAGAACUUGGUGCUGGUCACCACUUGUCCCAGUGUGCCCUGAGUGACUUGAGCACAUAUGAGCUGCACAGUCUGCAACUGUUACCUCACUCUCACUUAAGUUUUCACUCGGUGUGUCUAUGUACAUGCAGGCACAUGACUAUAUGUGUGUAUAGUUUUGUGUGGUUUCUUAUCACAAUUAUAGUUUCAUAAACUACUGCAAAGCUGAUGUGUAAAACUAUUCUGUAACUAUAAGGCUCCUUCAUUGUUUUUGUUUUAAAUUUUCCUCUUCUACCCCUAAAUAUUAAUGCUUUACAGCCAUGAAUCUGUUUUUCUUUUCUUUUUUUUUUAAAGAUUUAUUUAUUUUAUAUAUAUGAGUACACUUCAGACACACCAGAAGAGGGCAUCAGAUCUCAUUACAGAUGGUUGUGGGCCACCAUGUGGUUGCUGGGAUUUGAACUCAGGACUUCUGGAAGAGCAGUCAGUGCUCUUAACCGCUGAGCCAUCUCUCCAGCCCAUGAAUCUGUUUUUCAUCCCAAUAAUUACAUUAUUUUAAUAGUAUAUAAAUUGAAUUACAUAAUGUAUAGCCAUCUUAAUUUUUUUUAAGGCAAGGCCUUAUGUAGGAUAGCUUGGCCUUGACCUUGCUAUGUGUCCGAAGAUAACAUUGAACUUUUACUCUUCCUGCCUUCACCUCGCAGGUGCUGGGAUUACAGGCUUGUGCUACCUCACACUCAGUUCAAGUUGGAUCUGUCUCUCAGCUUGAUUCUGAAGGUCUCUCCAUCGUAUAUCAGUUGCUUACUUCUUUUUAUUGCUAAGCCUAUUUUGUGGCAGGAAUGACAAACAGUUUCUUGAAGUUUUCACCUGUACAGGAGCAUUUGGAUUAUUUCCAGUGCGGCUGUUAGGAAUAAGAAGUGUUAUAAACAUUUGUAUAUGUUUUCAUUUCUCUAGUUAAAGGCCAGGAGUUGAAUCGUUAGGUAUUAUAUCAUAAAGACUAUUUUAGAAAAACCACCCACCCAUUUUUUAAGACAGUAGCAUGAUUUCUUUUACUUCCUUAUCCUUAAAUAUUCUUAGCAUUUAACAGUUUGGUGGUAUUAGUUUCUUCAUGAUUUCAACCGUGUGGGUAGAUGCAGUACCUCAUUGUUUUAGUUUUCCUUUCCCUGAUGCACAUCAUUGAACAUGGGUUCAUGUGCUUAUUUCCCAUUCAGUAGGCGCUGCGAAGGGCCUGCUAGUGCAGUUUGCUCAUUCUAUAACUGUAGCAUUCGUUUUCUUGUUCUGUUUUGUGAGUUCUUUAUAUAGUUCAGGUACUUCCUAGUCUAGUGAUAGGUGUUUGAUAGAUGACAUAGUUUGUAAAUUCCCAGUCCUUCUCUCUAACUUGCCAUUUCAUUUUCUUCAUAGGGUUUUUUAUAAAGCAAAAAGGUUUUCAUUUCUUAAAUUAUUUAUGUACCUUUUAUUUGUAUUUGUAUGUGUGUGUGGUUGUAUAAGCUUAUGUGCCCCACAUACAUGCAGAAUCUUGUAGAGACGAGGGCAUCAGGUCUCCUGGAAUUGGAGUCACAGACAGUUGUAAGCUACCAUGUGAGUGCUGAGAACUGAGCCAGGGUCUUCUGGAAAUUCAGAAAGUACUUUUAAUGGCCGAUCCAUCCCUCCAGCACUAUAGUGGUAGUCCUCAUCUCCCUCCUCCUUUUUCUACUUAUUAUCAUGUGUGUGAAUGUUUUGCCUGCAUACGUGUGCAUUUGUAUGUGUAGUAUUUAUGUGCCUGGGGCCCAAAGAAGCCAGAAGAGGUUGUCACAUCCGCAGAAACUGAGUUACAAGCUGUUGUGAACUGCCACACUGAUACUGUAAACCAAACAUGGGUCCCCUGCAAAAGAAUCAAGUCCUCUUAACCUAGUUAGUUAGUUAGUUAGUUAUUGUUUUUUGAGACAGGGUUUCUUUGUGUAGCCCAGACUGUCCUGGAACUCAAAGAGAUCCUCGUGCUUCCUCCUCCCAAGUGCUGGGAUUAAAAGCAUGUGCAACCAUAUCUGGCAAAGUUUUUUUUUUGUUUUUGUUUGUUUGGUUGGUUUUUGUUUUUUUUUUUUGUUUGUCUGUUUGUUUUUUGGUUUUUGGGUUUUUUUGUUUUUUUGUUUUUUUUGGUUUUUUUGUUUUUCUGGAGCUGGGGACCAAACCCAGGGCCUUGCGCUUGCUAGGCAAGUGCUCUACCACUGAGCUAAAUCCCCAACCCCAAAGUUUUUAUUUUUAUAUGCCAAGUCUAUCAGCUGUUCCUCCUCUAGAUUGGUACUUUCACAUUAAAGUCUUAGAAAUCUGCCUUUAAUCCCAGCACUCAAGUGGCAGAGGCAAGGUUUUAGGAUUUUUCACUUAGUCCACAGAAGUCUUGAGGUAUUUUUGUGUAACAUAUAAAAUUAUAUUAAGCCUCUUUGGGCAGGGCAAUAUAUAUGAAUAUUUAAUUGGUUCAACACCACUUCUUGACUUUCUACCAGUCAUGGUGGCCCAUACCUUUAAUCUCAGCACGUAGGAGGCAGAGGCAGAGAGACAGUGGAACCUGUGUAAGUUUCUGGCCAGUCAGGACUUUAUAGUGAGACCUUAUAAAAGAAAAAGAAGAGGAGGAAGAAGAGAAGGAGAAAAAGACAAGCUGCAGAAGAAUGGCUCCAUGCUUAAGAGCACUCACUGCUCUUCCAGAGUACCAGACUCUUCUAGCCUCCACGCACACUAGACAGGGACACAGUGCACAGAUGGAUAUGCAUGCAAAAAACCCUGUAUUGAUUAACUAAACAAGUCUUAGAAAAUAAAUCUUAAAGGAAAAAAGAAAUAUAUUUUUAAAAAGAUGGAGAAGGACGAUCAGGAAUAGAAAUAAAAACUAUCUUUGAGCUAGUAUCAGCCAUCACUCCUCUCCUCUUCCCUCUUGAUUUGCUCUUUUAUCAAACUUUCUUUUUUUUUUUUUUUUUUUUGCCAUUUUGGGCCUUUUUUCUUUCCAUACAAUGAUUAGAAUAAGCUUCUCUUUGUUUACAGAAAUGUCUCACGAGUUUUUUGUUUGUUUGUUUUUUGUGGGAGGCGGGGGUGACAGGAUCUCAAUAUAUAUCCCUGUCUGGCUUGGAACUUGUUAGUCUAGGUUGGCUUUGAACUCACACAGAUCUGCUAGGCUCUGCCUCUUGAGUGCUAGGAUUAAAAUCAUUUUUGUUUGAUUUUUAGUCACAGAUGCAUUAAAAGUAAAGGUUACAGAAGAAUUGACAACAGUGCAUCAAGCCUUCAGUUCAUGAACAUGACAUAAAUCUCUCCUGUUAUGAAAGUCAUCUCUGAUGCUUCUUGGUGGCUUUUGGCAUAAAGACUGUACACAUUUCACUGGAGUUACAUUUUAUUUUAUUGUAAGUGGCAUUGUCUUUAAAUUUCCACAUCUUAGGGCUUUUAUAGAGAACUGCAGUUGGAGUGGUCUGAGGAUUUUGUGUAUAAGGUUAGGAGAAAAACACAGCUGGAGUGGGGAAUUUGAAUCACAAGCCUUUAAAAACCAGAUAUGGAGCUAGAUGGUGGUGACACUGGCUUUAAUCUCAGUGUGCAGGAGGCAAAGGCAGGCAGAUCUCUGGAUUUGAGGACAGCCAGGACUACCCAGAGAAACCCUGACUUGAAAAAUCAAAGAAAAAAAAAAAGAUGAAGAGAAGAAAUGCAGAUAUGGGAGCAUUGUGGACAACAAGACAAACUUGAAGUCCCAGCUCUGAUGUUACUAUGUGUCUGUGGACAUGUCAUUUGAACCCAUUUCUUUAGAUGUCAAACAGGAGUGAUACCUUACAUAUAAAUACUCAGUAAAGUUUUGAGAUAAUAUAUUUAAAUUCUAUGCACCUAACUUAGAUCUCACUGUCUUAGAUGUUAUGACACAGACCUUAUAUGGCCUAGACAACACUUGUAGCUGUGGUAGAAUUGUACUAUGCAUAGUUAAGCCCACAGGUGAGACAGGUAUGUAUCUACUUAAGAUGAGCAGUACAAUUCUUGAGCUUCCUCCUGGUUCUGAUUGUCAAGGGUGUAAUCAUUUAAUGUAGCUUUGUCCUCAAGGAGCUUAUAAUUUCAUUGGUUAAACAUGCCACAUACAUAAAAUACUAGAGUAAGGUAUUGCCUGUUAAUGUUCCAAAUCCUUGGGAAACAGUGCAUCAGAGAACAUUCUCUUCCAGGUUUUUUUGCCCUUUAUAUUAUGUGCAUUGAGCAGCUUCUGGGUGUUGUUGAUAGAGAAUGUGUAAGGGUAAAGGGGGCUAAAUAGAGAUUUAGGAGAAAGGAGUCAUGUGGGGAUAUGUAAUUAAUUUUUAUACUUUCCCCAGUAAACCAUCGACCCUUUUUAUGAUGUCAUGAGGGAUUCCUUAAUUUUGCAGCUGCUUCCUGAUUACGUCAGAGAGGAACCUCUCACCCCACAGCCUAGAGCUGUACUCCUCCAAGAAUUGGAAACAAAUGAAGUGCUGAAUAUCUAAUAGCUUCCACAGGGAUAGCCGGUUCAGACUUCCCAGGCCUACUCCAGCAACUCUUCCCCAAGUACUUCUGACCCCCUAAAGUGUCUUUGUUCUGGGAAGACAGGAUUUGGCCCAAAGCCAAGUAUGUGUGUUUGGCAGGGAGAUGGUGGCUGGGGACUUCUUGAGACACACUACUUCCCUGCCGCCAGGUGUUCUGCAGUCCUGGGUCUCUGCAGCUCCUUUGAUGGGGGUUAUCUUUCUUGAGUUACCCAGACCUUCUGGAAGUAGAAGACAGCCCCCUGUCCCAGUAGUCGCCUCUUUCUUGCCCUCCCUACAUCAUUUUGUUUUCACUUUCUCCCACCCUCCUCCUAGAGGACUUUUCACAUUUACAUAUGUCACUUAUUUGGUGUUAUAAGGGUUAUGAAAUGUUCUUUAUACAAGUUUUCUUUAUUGGUGUUUUUGGAGACAAUGUCUCUUGGAGCCUUUGAGCCUGGGUUGGCUCAUGUACCUGAAAUUACUAAUCCCAUUGCUUCUAUCUCCCAAAUUUUGGCAUUAUAAUCAUGUUCUACUAUGCUCUACCCACAUAACUAUAUACUUUCUCUGAAUUCAAAUGCAUUUGUGCUCUGUUAGCUUUUUCUAACUGCCCUCCUCCCCUAUUACCCUUCUCUGGCUGCCCUAACCUGUUGUGUUUUUGCUAGGUUAAUGUGCCUGGAAUUGAACCCAGGGUCUCACUUACAAUUGGCAAGUAGUCCUCUACUGAACUAUUAUACCCUCAACCUUAACUAGAUUAAUCCUCACAAAAUAUCCAACAUAGCUUCAUUCGUGAAUCUUAAGUGAGUGUUCUCUUUCUGUGUGUUGAGGUCAGGUCUCUUUCACCAUUGCAGGCUCUGUGUUUUUUGGCUGUUAUGCUACAGGCAGACUUCAUUGAGUGUUUUGUGCACUGUAACCUGCAUCCCUGUGUAGUAUACACAGUCCCUCCUGUGUCAGCCAUUUCUUUCAGUGUUCAUAUCUUUCAGCCUAACCUAGAAAUGGUCUCUUCCAUAAAAAUCUUUGAUAGAUAGAAGAUGAAAAUAUUUUCAUUUCUUUUCAGAGACAAAAGGCCUCUAUUUCCCUGCUCCCCUAUGAGUUGUCUUCCUCAUUAGAUUAUCUCCUUCCCAAGGGCAGAAUCCUAUUUAAAUUUGUGUUUCCUCCAGUUGCAUACCUAGGUAAGUAUUUUUUCAAAUAACGGCAAAAAGGUCAUUUUGGUAGGAAGUUUAAAUGUUCUUUCCCCUAUAAUCUACUGCUCUGAAAAGAACUUUUACAAAAAAGAUGAAGAAAAAGAAGAUGAUGAUGUUGAUGACAAUGCCUGCAACAGUUUUAGUCUUGGAAGGCCCAGCUGAAGCAUCAGGUGUUUCCAUGAAGGCUCAUCAGGAGGAAACUUUCCAUGUCCCUCUGUCUGAGCUCUUGGCUGUACCCUGUUUAUGGGACAUGUCACAGCUUGCCUUAGACUCUGUUAAUCAAGCCUCCUCUACCAUUGUGCACAGUAUGUUGCUUGGGUCUGUUGGUGCUCCAUUCUUCUGACUCAUUCAUCCCAUACUUCAGGGAACAAAAUGCCCAAGGGCAAGAGCAUCUCUGCUUCGGAUCUGAGAUCUUACUGCUUCCUUCUACCUCCUCUUUAGCCAGCUGCUUUCACAGGGAACUCUGUGGCUCAAGAAACAGUAGAGAGGGGUUGGGGAUUUAGCUCAGUGGUAGAGCACUUGCCUAGCAAGUGCAAGGCCCUGGGUUCGGUCCCCAGCUCCGGAAAAAAAAAAGAAAGAAAGAAAGAAAGAAAGAAAGAAAGAAAGAAAGAAAGAAAGAAAGAAAGAAAGAAAGAAAAAGAGACAGUAGAGAGACAUUCUCUGUGCCCACUUCCUGUAGACAGGGAGGUUUGGGUAGGCUGCACAGGAACUAAGCCAGCCCUGCAUCUAACUGGUGACUGACUCAUGAGAGAAACAGCCUGAUGUCUGAAAGAUACAAAAGAGCCAGCAAAUUGCCUCCAGGUGGUGCUAGUUUGGAGGUGGCCAGCCAUUCAUUUUCCUCGGAGAGUAGAUGGGAGUGUGGGGGAGGAAAUCAGUGAAGAAGUGGUGGGCUGCAUUUUUCAGUAAUACAGCCAAUGAGAUAGUUGCUUGUCUGUGAUAGAAUAGGUGGUGAAUCCAGUGCCCUCUGAAUCCUCCCCACUGCUUUCAGGGUAGUUGACUUACAUAUCACUCACCCUGAGCCAGUCUCUCAUUCCUCUCCCCAUCCUCUUGCCAGGAACUGGCUAGUGUACUAAGAAAAUUCUGCUGGUUUCACUGCUGGCAGGUUUUUUUUUUUUUUCUAUGACCAGCCAAACCCCAUCCAAAUCUCUCCCUUACAAAGACUUGGUACCUUAAUCCCAGGAGUUGAUCAAAACCAGUGAUUCUGAGUCACUGUCUCUUGGCUGGGCUUACAGGUCCAAGCAGGUGGGCCUGUCCCUAUUCUGCUUCCCUUCAAUUCCCUCCCCACCUCUCCUGCCUCACUCCCAUUUCCUGCAGGAGGAUGCUUUGCCAUCCUGGAGCCAUCAGGCACAGCUUUGCUUUGGCAGCACCAUCGCACACACACUGGUGGGAGAGGGGAACGUGUUUAUCACUUUUCCUGGAGAUUAUCUGUUUAAGCACUUCUCUGACAGUUACAAUAACAAGGGCAGUGUGUUGUGUUUCCAGCAGAAGGACACUUGCUGUUGAAAGAUGUAUAGCACUAAUUAGAAAUACAUAACAUCCGGCCACAUGGCAGCCUUCUCCCGGCCGCCCCAUUUCCUGAUUUCAUACAACUUUGACGACAGUUGGUUUAUGUUUUCCAUGAAUAUGUUCUCAAAAAAUGAGAAAGUCUCCCUAUUACAUAGAAGCAAGAAGAACAUUUCUGCCUGAGCAGGUAUUUGACCACAGGAACACUGGGAAGUAUGGUCACUUGCCCACUUGUAGGAAGGAGCAAAACCAAUUUUAGACCUCAGCGGACUUUCUUGGUAAGAAAUAUUUCCAGCUGACAUCCCUAGCCAAAACCAUCCCCCUAAAUCCUUAAGAAAGCCUGCUUUUGGAAAGAAGGGGAAAGGCUAUUUCACAAUGUUAAUGAGUUCCUCAGCUCAUGUCAGCCUCUGCUACCUGACACAAAGCCAGAGGAACCAUGGCAAAUAUCAAGGCAAACAAUGCCUUUUCCUCCCCACCCACAUCACUUGCUGGCCUGAGCCAGCACAAUUUCAGAUAUAGAUAGAUAGAUAGAUAGAUAGAUAGAUAGAUAGAUAGAUAGAUAGAUAGAUGGAUGUUCAUUAGACUAGACCCAGGUUCCUAAACCUAGUCCUAACAUAGGUGGGCUUAGGACUCUCUAGAUGUUAUUUUCCUACCCACUUUCAUAAGUGAAUAUUGUCAGGGAGUGGUGUCUUAACACUUCUAGCUCAUAGAAGCCUUUAUGAGACCAAGAACAUCCUGAGUAUACUACACACUCAGUACAUUUUUUUUUUCAUUUGAAAUGUAUUGGGCCCAUUGUUACUUGGGUAAAUGGUCAUUUUAUUUAACCUACUAAAAGAUGCUUUAGUUACCAAAAAAACCACAAUUUAUUUGUAGCUAUGUUCUUUACUGAAUUUAGCAUAUCAAAGACACUCAGCAUGUGCUUGUCAUAUGACCAAGCCAUGGACCCCGACAGCCCUUUUGUUAAGGGUUGCCAGAGCAAGGUCAGUCUAGGGAUGACCAAGACCCAGACAUUCUUGGAUAGCUUGGGAUAUGUCUACCUGCUUAGUCAGGGAAGAAUACCCCUCAUUUGUACUUUUCUCCAGCUGGACCACCCACAAGCAGGCAGUGUGCUCUGCAGCCUUUGCCUAAGGAGCACGGUGAUAGAGAGGUUAAAAUAACCAUGCAGGGCAGCUGCAAAACUGCCUUCAGGCUGUUCUCCAGUUCUAUACCAGAGGUACCUGUUUUUACAGAGCUUCUACCUGAUAGCAGUACCCAACCCAGAGUCAUGAGAAGCCACAGGUACCAUUGCUUUUAAGCAAAUCAUUCUUCUUGUUGUGCCCUAGCUCCCACCCUGAACUCUGAGAAAUAAUGUAGCUGUUAAUCAUAAAACUUAAGAUGAGCUUGGAAAAAGUCAUCUCCACCUGUCAGUUCCGUUGCUAUGGAGAAUGGACUACAUACGCAGUUUUGUGGAAAAAAAAAAAAAAGACUUCUUCCUCCAUCUCUGUAGCCUUUGCAGGUGACUUCUGUGGAUGUUAAUUUGAUCAAGUGUUUCAGCUUCCAGAAUGUGGCCUCUAUACAUCCUCCAGUUUCCUGUGUCCUGGCCUAAUUCCUUCACUCUGCACGCUGUCGCUUAGUAAAGGCUGGUAGUUAGCGGCCUGCAGUGAGAGAGAACCCACACAGAGAUAGAAAGGAAUUUACAGUGCUGCUGCCGAUGGCUUGGAGAGCAGGGAGACACUGCAGCUCUUCUUGGGAUGUGUUGCAGGUCUUCCUCUCUCUGCUCAUAUAUAUCCUUUCUCCUUGUGAUGCUCACAUGCUUGUUUUCUUUGUCUUUUUUUAAAAAAAAAGAAUGGUCACAUUUGUAUGUGGGUGGGUGUGUGCACACCCAUGCUCACAAACCUAUGGGCACACAUACUAUAAUGCACGAGUUAGAGCCAGAGAACAACUUUCCAGACUUAGUUCUCUCUUUCCACUAUGUGGAUUCCAGGAAUCUAACUCAGGUUGUAAGGCAUAUUGGCAAGUGCCCCUACCUGCUGAGCCAUCUCACCUACUCUCCCGUUUCCUAUCUCUUUAAACAGAGCUUUAUCUUAUCAUAAGACUGGGAGUGAUGACUGAUUGUAAUCUCAUGGAUUGUUACCACUUCCUUAGUGCCUGCCACAGUUGUAUUGUAAAGGGUGACAUUGGGACUGUUGGGCAUCUGGAAGGAUGAUGGGAAAACCACAAUUUUGAAGGGUUGCUCCCCUUAUGGUAUUCAUAUGUUGAGCCCUUCUGAGCAGCAGCUGGCUUCUCACAUCUAGAACUUUGAAAGUGCUUUGGGGUAGGCAUUGUGUUCUCCAGUCAUUCUUGCUCCUGUGGUGAAGACUUAGGAAUAGCUGUGCUUGUGUAAUGUCUCCUGGAGUAACUUAUUUAGGUCCUUGGCAAACUAGUAAGCUGACAGGUCAAACAAAAUGCAGGCAGGGACAGAGAUCAAACGUGUGGAUAAUUAUCCUUUUAACACUUGGAAACUGAGUUUUCCUGUGUUACUGGGGGGAUUAUCAGAUUAGCUGCUUCCAAAGCUAGUGAGUUUGGCCCCUGUGUCCAUCCCCCUGUGUGUGCUGGGUGUCUCCCCCCUGAGACUGAAAUUGGACUGCUGCUUCUGGCAUGUUGUUAUUGCCCUCAAACCUGGAUGAAAUGGCAGUUGAAGAGAUCACUGAUCGUAUGUAGGUAAAGGCAGGAGUGCGGGAAUAUUAUGAGGGUCUCAGCAAAGACUAACUCUGCCCAUCAGCAGAGUGGCUCCUCUCAGUGACCUAAAACCAGGAGGAAGUUAAACCCAGGAUGUAAGAGUGAGAGAGUUUCUUAACCAGGGUGCUGGCAUUAGAAGCCAGAUUUACUCUUUUUAACCCUGGGUGGAGGGGGCAGGGAAGGCUAACACUGAUCUAUUACAUUAUGUAAUAAGCAUUAUUUUCUACAAAAGUAAUUCAUUCAGCAAAAAUGUUAAUGUGUUUUUGUGUCUCAUGUGUGCUGUGUUAGGAUGGGGAAUAUAUAGAGGGCCUAGGCCUGAAACCAAUAGUGAUCUAAGAACAUAAGUUUAAAUCUGUUGUUGAUUGCAUUCCUGCUAAUGAAAUAAGGUUUUGGUACUGUAGCUUCACAUUGUCAGUAGCUACCGAAAGCAGAGACUCUCUAGCCCCAGCUUAUUUUGUGCCCUUUGAGGUAAUAAGGCUUAGGGAAGUGUUGUGAUGAAGAAAGGGAGGAGUCAUCUUUCAUCAGUGGUAUAGCCUACAGUGAAUUGCUUAUGCUCCACGAAAUAAUAACCCACACCCGUGCUCAUACUAGCAACUUUAAUUAAUCUUGGUGGGCCACUGAAAAAAACAGAAGAUGGGGAGGUACAUAUGGUCUAAAUGCAUUCAUAUAUAAAGUUACCAAAGAAUAAAUAAUGUUUUUUAAAGAAAUGAAAGGGGCUGGAGUCUGGGUUUGGGGUCACAGCACCUACACGGAGGCUCAGUGUCCAUAACUCCCAGAGGAUCUGACUCCCUUUCCAGAAUUCCCAAGCCCUGGCCAUGCACAUUGUCUGCAUAUUAAAUGCAAGUGGAGCACAC